AUGGUUGAAUUCGAGAAGCGAUUUCCCCCUUGCUCCUAUUUCCCUAAUGGCACACUCUUUAAGAGGCGCGAGGGCCAGGCAGUACAAAUCCAGGCCUACACAGUCCACCUCACAACAGUCCUAAAGGAGUACUGCAGCGAAGCCACAGAUAAUUAUAACGUUGUCUUUGAGGGCUGCAUCACUGCCGGGCCGGAUCGGACUGGGCAGGCUGUUAUUGUCAAGUUUAGCUAUGAACUCAUCCAUCAACGCUGGACAAGUGUUGGUCAGGAAUGGCUGCGAUCCAAUGCCAAGGAGCGGUUUCGUAAUGAGUGUCAAGCAAUGAUCCAGUGCGCAGACUCGGGCACUUUGCCCCGGUAUAUUGCACAUGAGGAGCAGAUACAGGGUGGGCCUCAGGAUCUAAACCCCGGUGCAUCGGUAUUUAUUAUCCUGCGUUUAAAGAUGCAGGGUGAGCAGCUCUUGCCAGAAUAUCGGCGGUUUAAACCAUUGAAACUGUCACGGAAGGAGAUGCAGUCUAUCAGAAAGCAAGUUCUUGAGGCACAUGAGUCCUGGCGUCAGCUUGGUUGGUAUGGAUGCCCGGAUAUAAGUGAUAUCUUCUAUCACCAAGAGAGCGGAAAAGUUUUUUUCCUUGGGCUGAGCUCAAUGUCCUGGGACCAAAGGAUCAUAGACAAACCUCCGAUUGACUCGGAUUCAUACGAAUUGACACUCAGCAACCUACCAGAGGAAUGGGACGAGAAUGAGUGGGACGAGGAGGAGGAUGAAGAGGUGACGAAUCAGAGAGAGAGGAAUGCACAAAUGGCAGUUGAUAUGGACCGCAGUCAGGUGGCUGGGGAAAAGUGA